AUGACGAACUUUACCCGGCGUGAGUUUGACGUGUUGUGGGCCGUGGCGGAGCUCCCAUCCAAGGCGAGUUGGAACGACGGCCGCGGGUGCAAAUCGAAGACAACACCAAUGAACGCCCUCUUCAUGAGAUUGACAGUGCUCAAGCACUACGACACUUGGGAGAAGCACGCGUUGGACUUUGGGUUCAAAGCCCCCACGUUCCAAAAGCUGAUUCUCAGAUUUAUCGAAGUGGUGAUGGCUGUCGUUUACGCCGAGUUUGUCAAGAUGACGGACAUGUCGGAGUUGCGAGCACAAGACCAUACCUUUGGAAAUAAUCCCUACGCCCUCUAUGCCACAGACGUCAAGUUCCAGCCAACCGAGCGACCGGCCGGACGCCAUGGUGAAGCGAAGCCGUACUUCAGUGCGAAGCACAAGUUGUACGGCUUGAAGAUCGAAGCGUCCGUCUCCCCCCAAGGCCGUCUCGUCGACAUGAGCGAAGCCCACCGAGGUGCCGUUGCGGACCUGACCAUCAUGCGGUCACGCAUAGAUCAGCAUGUUGGAGCCCUGGCCAAGUCGGACAACAAGCUCAGCAUCUUGGAUCAUGGUGAGCAAGUGGACACUUACCCAGGAAUGCGGGCGCUUCUCGUUGACAAGGGGUACUACGGCGCUUCGGUGGACGUCCGUACAAUUCAUCUCAAGAAGAACCCGCCGCGUGGCAUCUUGGACUCUGAUGGUGUCGUGCGGAAUCGUCGUGUGUCGUCCGAUCGUGUUGUGGUCGAAAACUUUUUCGGUCGUGUCUGCAGCUUGUGGAAAGUAUCUUAUGCUACUUUCACGUCAAGUACCAAGUUCUAUGAUGAGAUUCAGCGUCUCACGUUUGCAUUGACGAACUUUCAUGUGUCGUUGAUGCCUCUGCGGGAAGCGGACAGACACUAG